AUGACAACAACGGUUGGCAUGCUGCAAAACAACGGGCUGGUCAGUCCUCAGAGGCAGACAGUGGGGAGCGUAAGUAACGGGCUCAAAGCAGGAGAAAUGACCAGCAAAGAGUCCAUGAAUGGUAACGAGAUCAAAAAACACACCACUGGUGAUACUGUGAAAAAGAUUGCAAGGUCAGAACCGUGUGAGCUUCCGCAUGUGGCGGUGAAUCAGGAACCGCUGGCGCUGCUGAUUCGAAACCUAACUGUGUUUUCCAUGAAAGAAGUGACACAAUUUUUCAAGACCAAUGUGCACUCCAACCAGGAUCCUAGUGCGAAAAAAACAUCAUUUCUGCAGCUGGUGAUAUUUUUGCGAAACCAAUUCCUCAAACUUUACGUUUUGGUGAAAUGGUGCCGUACUCUCAAGAACAAUAACUUCAACACAAUGAUCGAUCUGCUAAAUUGGUUCCGCGGCUCCAAUAUGACCGUCAACAACUGCAUAUGGGCUCUGAAAGCUAGUCUGGCAGGCAUGACAAACGCCAAGUUGCCCAACCCGGACCUCAUCACAGCUUUGGAAGUCCUUACCCUGGGAAGACCCAAUCUGCCGUCGCACAACUUCACACUCAGCGGCGAGGAGGGAGUCGAAGAAGGCGUCAAAAAAUCGAUUGUCCCUCCCAAGCUUAUUUUAAAGACACUACGGGAUAUGAACAUCAUCUUAUCGGUAAAAAUUUCACUCAUGGAUAUUCCCGACCAGUUCAGACAAUACUCUGUCAACGAUGGCAGGCUCUACAUUGUGGUCGAGGACGAAUUUGAGGUUCAGCUAUCUACAACUGACCAAGCAUCUCCACUUUUCUUUGUCGAUCUGAAGUUAUUGUUCAAUGAGGCUUUGCCUUUGAACAAGUACAAGCUUGAAAAGGUCAUCAAUGAGGUGCUGUUCAAAAGCUCAAAACCGCUCUUUGCAUUAUACAAGCUUCUCCACAACUACAUUCUAUCGGUCCAGAUGUACAUGAUACAUGCAGAACUCUUGAGUUUAGAGUCCAACAGCAAGUAUGCCGGCGGUAACUUGGUGCACCAUUACGAUUCUCGGAAGACAACUAUCAAUCUCAGGUAUUGGUGUAAUAGUCGACUCAAGGGCAAAUGCAAUGCUGUCAUCGGUGUGGAAGAGGCUUCAGGAAGCAUUAUUCUGAGAUGGAAUAUCGAAGAGGCCAUUCAGGGAGAAAUUGUGGUUCCUGUGCGAUACACGAACGUGUUGAGCAACUUGGGAAACAUUUUGGACGAGAUAAUGUUCAAUCACUCACAAAUGAUAAAGACAGAAUUGUUAUCUACCGGAGCGUUGCAAGAAGAUGAGGAAAUAUCAGAUGCUCUACUUUUCAAUGUUCCUUCUACUCCUACGUCGGUUAUCCCCAUCCAAAUAAAAAUUAACACAAUUAGCGGAGUUUUUUACGUCCGGAAUCCCAGCAGUUUAUUGACAUUUUACAUCACUCAGAUGAAUAAGACAAGCACAACUGAGGACUUUGUCAAAGUCCUCAAUAAGCUCAAAUUGGACAAGAUUAUCUCAAUUUUACGAAACAUGUUUGAGAAGGUUGGCUGGACCUCUAAUAAUGUUGUUCAGCUUGACGCGCCGGUCUCUAGAGACCCCAGCUGGGCGCAAAAGAAAAUCUUGUUUCGAGAUAUGUUCAUCAGACUCGAAAAUUGGCCUUCUAAUUGGUAUCUCAUUCUCAGCGUGAUAUCGUCCAACACCACUUGCAUAAUUGAAAAGAGAAUAGGAAAGAUCGCUGCGGCAAAAGGCAGCUGGGAACUCAGGUAUCUCGACAAUGAGAAUGCUUCGACGCUCAAGUUGGAGUCCAUGACCUACCAAAAGAUAAUUCACUUGAAGAAAACAAGCCUGCAUACGAUAGUCGACCAUACGAUCAUCGACUCGCUAAACGGGCUCAAAAUGCGCAACAGAAUAUGUUCUGGAAAGCAGUUGGGUUCAAUACCGACUUAUAUCUUGCCUGAGGAUCAAUCUCAUCACUCGUCUAUUUUGGGCAUAGAAUUGGAAUCUUUCAUUGGAGGUUCAUCUGCUUUGAAGCAUAUUUUAGAAAAUACACUGUUCCUGCGGGUCGACUACCAUGUCAGUGAAAUCAAGCUUUUUGGAAAGUUCAGACAGAACUGCAAGGCUAUAGGAAACCAGUACAAUGAAACAUUAUUGCAUUUUACGGGAGAAGGUGCGCUUUCAUUCUACAUGUCGGAAGCUUUUACAGAUCUUGGCGACAUCGUGCAGCAUUUCAACACAUUCAAGCAGAAACUGAUGCAAAUUGUGACUUUGACGGACGUCAUCGAAGAGCUACACGGUUUCUACUCCGAAAAUUUCAGUAUUGUGGCAUCGAAACCUAAUGAAAUUUCUUUCAAAUAUCUGAAGAACAGCAAAGAUCGGUACGAUUGUCGGAUCCUUCUUCAUACCAAUGAUCACAGCGUUGAGAAUCUGGACAUAAAGCUAUCGCCCGGCAACCCACAGCACAUCUUCCAACCCUUUAUCGAGUCCAACAAACUGGACUAUCACUUCGUGUUCAACUACCUGCAAUUCACGUCUGGCUUUUUCGGCGUCUUGGAGUCGAUUUUGACCAAUUCCGGCAGUCCCGUAAAGUCUCAAAACGAGUACACCACGGUAUCUCUACAGCUGCACAACCUUUCCGAAUAUGAAUUAAUCUACUACAAUAAUCAGACCAAUACCAAAAUCACGCUCAUGAUAGAAUUGCGCAACGUGUUUUUGAAUGGGUCCAAGAAGCUACGAUACUUUGUUCAUUUUGCAGAGGACGAGCAUAUUUCCACUAAAAGCCCGGCAUAUCCACUGGUCCACAAGGUCCGCAACAUGGUUUUCAUGGUUGACAGUGCGUCCAUAAUCGCUGGUGACGAAAUUUCGACUCUCAAUUCGCCUAAGCGCACCAAGGCCACUUCUUUGAUCAAGCUCACAGAUGGGGUCUGCUGUGAUGCUGUAGACAUAGCGUCUGUGAUCGGCGAUAUUCAUGACGUUUUGAAAGUCGACUGCGUUUAA